AUGAAAAAAUUUCAAUUCGAUUUAAAAAAAAUUUUUUUUUUUUUCUUUACAGGUAGAUCCCACGAUUCGAAUUUCGAAUUGUUCAGAUUGGGAAAAAAGGCAUCGAAAGGACUCAAAAUAUUUGCAGAAACGGGAAAAACGGACAUUUUGGAAGAAUUGAGUCAGGGAGAAGAUGGGAUUUAUGACGAAUUCACGGCUUCUCCGAUCGCGACGGGAUCCGGUCGUACGGAAUCCGAAUUUUUCGUCGACGGAAAUCAUUCGAGAGUUUCGAUAAUGUCGCGAAUCGUACCGUCGCCCGAUUGGUUUAUCGGAAUCGAUAGUUUUAACCUUUGCGUCGAUGGCAAUUGGAUCGACAGCAUAACAAUCGAUGCCGAUCCCAUGGACGCGGGCACGGACAACGGUUUCACUUUCACCGCACCCAAUUGGCCGACCGAACCUCAAGGGAUAAUAUAUAAAAUCACGGCGAGGUAUCCCUCACAUCCUGCGGGAUCAUUUUUUUAUCCCUACAUGAAAAAAUUACCACCCAUCGGAACGUUUCAAUUUAUAAAGAUAAAAGAAUACGAAUUGAGCGAAGUUUUUCAUCAUUCCGAAGACCGAGAUCAUUUCGAAUUGAUGAAAGUCGAAACUCUAACGAAAAACGAAGUGACGGAAAAUUCUAGAAACAACGAUAUAGAAGAACAAAUAGAAGAAGAAAGAAAAGAAGAAGAAAUGAAAACAGUCAAAUUCAAAUCGCCAACUACUACUACUACGACCACGACGCAAGGAACUCCUUUCGUCAAUGAAACGUUGAAAUCGUCGUCGUCGUCGUCUUCGUCGGAAAAACCGAUGACGAUGACGUCGAUGACGGAAGCGUCGUCGACGACGUUGCCCAUCACGUACCUUCCACCGGAUGCCGUCGAAAGAGGCGACAAAGAUGCCAUAAUCAAUAACAUUGUACAAAUCUAUAAAAAAGAACAACACAAGAAACAUAAUAAAUUAAGAAAAAUGAAAAAAUAUAGACCUCCAAGAGACUGCCACGUAACCGAAUGGAGCGAAUGGGGAAGCUGUAGCAAAUCGUGCGGCAUCGGAGAAAUGGAAAGGAGAAGACAAGUUGUGAAACAUGCGAGAAGAGGAGGAAGGAUUUGCCCCCCACUUUUAGAAACCAAAUGGUGCGGAAGUGCGAGGUCGUGUCCGAAAAAAUACUUCAAAUGGUAG